AUGAUUACUAGUUUCUUUUCAACGAAAGGUAUUCAACAACUGAUUAGAAAAGUGGCUAACCAAAAGGGACCGGUCCGAAAAUAUCGGGCCGCUCCCAUCAAUCAACAACAACAACCACUUUAUCAACAGCAACAAAGUAAAAAUCAAUUUCAAAAUUAUCAAUUUACAAAUAAAUCGAAAACUAAAUCUUGGGGUAAACCUAUUAAUUAUGGAAAUUUAUUUGCAUACAUCGCAUCCGGAAUUUUACCCGGAAUUAAUAUGCUAUCAAGAAACGAUGGACCAUCUGAUCAAAUGACUAGUGAUAUUGAAGACAACAUUACUCAUUUAAUAGUUUUGGCAAAAAUUGCUUUAGAAAAAGGUGAUAUUGAUAAAGCGGAAGCUCUACUUCAAAUGGGAUUAAAAAUUUGCGAUGAUUAUAAAGUUUCAUUUGGAAUGCCGUUUAUUUACGAUAUUUUGGCUAGUAUCGCUUUCGCUCAAGGUGAUUCAGAAAAAGCAGAACGUCUUUUAGUUACUGUCAUCGAAAAAAUGGUUCAAGACGGUGUUCCAGACACAAACGAUCAUAUCAUUGAUUUUAAAUUACGUCUUGCAAGAAUUUACAGCAACUAUAAAGAAAAUGCUUUAGCUGAAAUCGGAUUUAAAACCUGUUUAAACGCACAAAAAGAAAAAAUAAUAAACGGCGAUAUGAGUACAAAAACAGGAAUGUUAUAUGUUAACGUUCUGUUUUGGUACGGUGUUCAUAUGAUAAAAAACGCACGAUAUCAAGAAGCGAAAAAAAUGAUUGAUCGAGCUUACGAUUAUUCAAAUAAAAUUAAGGGGUUAAGUCCAUAUCAAGAAAUGGUUAUGUUGUAUACUUUAGCCGAUUUAAACAUGGAGUUGGGCGAAUAUGAUAUUGCUUUGCGCACGAUGCAAACCGCUGUUAUGUUGGGGAAAGGUAUUAGCAGUGCGGAUUUACCCAAAUGUUAUUUGAAAUUGGCUAAAAUUUAUAUGAAAAUGGGAGUUUAUGAUCAAGCACAACUUUCAGCGGAAGAAAGCGAGAAAUUAGCCAGAAUGUUUGUCGAUUAUAGAUAG